CCUCGUUCCAGACUCGCUAUCAUGGAUACUCUGCGGGACACAAAUGGCACCUUUGCCUUAAACCUUUUGAAAAUACUGGGUGAAGACGGCUCAGAAAAUGUAUUUUUCUCACCCAUGAGCAUCUCCUCGGCCCUGGCCAUGGUCUUCAUGGGGGCAAAGGGAAACACUGCAAGCCAGAUGAUUCAGGUAACCACCUUGAACACUGCUUCAGGAGGCAAAGACAUUCAUCAAGGCUUCCAACGGCUGCUCAGUAACUUGAACAAGCCCAACAGAAAAUACUUGCUUAGAAUGGCCAACAGGCUCUUUGCAGAGAGCACUUGUGAAUUCCUCUCAACAUUUAAGGAAUCCUGUCUUCAGUUCUACCACUCGAAGCUGGAGCAGCUGUCCUUUGUCAAAGCAGCAGAGGAAUCCCGGAAACACAUAAACAUGUGGGUCUCUGAACAGACUGAAGGGAAAAUUCCAGAGUUGCUGUCGGGUGACUCAGUUGAUUCCAAGACCAGGCUGGUUCUUGUCAAUGCCUUAUAUUUCAAAGGAAAGUGGCAAAAAGAGUUUGACAAAGAACGCACAAGGGAAAUGCCCUUUAAAGUAAACCAGAAGGAGAAAAGACCAGUACAGAUGAUGUAUCAGAAAGACGUAUUUAAACUUGCCUAUGUGGAAGAAGUUCAGGCAACGAUGCUGGUGAUGCCCUAUGAUGGCAUGGAGCUGAGCUUGAUGGUCCUGCUCCCAGUUGAUGGUGUGGACCUCAGCAAGGUGGAAAACAAUCUCACUUUUGAGAAGUUAAUGUCUUGGACCAAACCAGACUUUAUGCGGAGCACUAGAGCUGAGGUUUUACUUCCAAAAUUUAAACUGCAAGAGGAUUAUGACAUGAAGUCUGUGUUUCAGCACUUGGGAAUGGUGGAUGUCUUCCAAGAGGGCAAGGCCGAUUUAUCAGGAAUGUCUCUGGAGAGAGACCUGUGUGUGUCUAAGUGUGUUCACAAGAGUGUUGUGGAGGUGAAUGAAGAAGGCACUGAGGCUGCAGCCUCCACCAUGGCAAAUGUGUGCUGUUUCUCAUCUGGUGGUGACCCAAGGUUUUGUGCUGACCGCCCCUUCCUUUUCUUCAUCAGGCACAACAAAACCAACACCCUCCUGUUCUGUGGCAGGUUCUCUUCUCCGUAA